CUGUGAGUCACCUUAGUAGUUAUGUUUAGGUAGCCAAGAUAGAUAUCAGAGCAAGGGAGGCCUCAUAUUAGUGGACCAGAAUGACUCACUUGAAAAUAGCUGAUCCAGUUAUUUGCUGACGACUAGAAAUAGUUUGACGUAUGACAGCACUAAAGAUGCAGCGCCUCCUUCACCUGGGGGCCAAAGCAGUGACACUGGCUCCACUCCAGCAGCCGUCCACAGGGCUGUAUGGAAGAACAACCCUGAGGAAGGCUUCAACCUACAAGGCAGCUGUAUUGCGAGAGUUUGGCCAACAACUACAACUUGAAGAUGUCCAGAGAAAGAAGCUAAAAGGAAAUCAAGUUAGGGUAGGAGUGCAUAGCUGUGGAGUAAAUGCUUCUGAUAUCCUCAUGAUAGAAAACAAAUAUGACAAGAAAUUCAGUCCUCCAUUUGUGCCAGGCUUUGAAGUUUGUGGGGAGGUGUUGGAGAUGGGAAAGAAUGUGACUAGCAUGGCCGUUGGUUCUAAGGUGAUAGGAAUCAUCAAGGAGGGACUCGGUGGAUUUGCUGAAGAAUGCAUUGUUCCAGAACAGGAUCUGUGGACUGUGGACCAUGCAGUAAGUUUUGACAGUGGAGCAGCUCUUGUUGACACCUAUGCCACAGCUCUGAUUGGGCUGAACAGACGUGCUGCAGUGAAUGAGGAGAGCACAGUGUUGGUGACAGCAGCAGCAGGUGGGCUGGGUCUAGCAGCGGUGGACCUUGCAACAAGUGUCUACAAAGCAAAGGUUAUUGGUGUGUGUGGGACGGAGGACAAGGCAGGACUUGUGAGGCAGAAAGGUGCCUGGGCAGCUCUCAAGUACAACAAAAAACACAUUGAUGCAAAGGUGAAUGAGGUCACAGAUGGCAAAGGUGUCAAUGUUGUCUUUGAUGCCAUCGGAGGAGAUGCUUUUGUUGACUGCUUGUCUUGGGUGUGUCAUGAAGGGACUGUGGUAGUAGCAGGCUUUGCCAGUCGUGUAAUACCUCACAUAGAGACAAGCAUUCUGCUGCCCAAGGCAGUCUCCCUUGUUGGCCUCUCCCUCUCACACUACCAGCAGGCAAAUAAGGAUGUGUACAGGCAAGUAGUUGAGGAUGUGAUUGACAUGCAUGAAAUGAACCUGAUAAACCCUCAUAUAUCAGCACGUUUUAAUAUUGACCAAACUGCAGAAGCCUUAGAUUUCUUACGCCAGAGGAAAUCCACCGGGAAAGUCAUUCUUGAGCUUCAAUAAUAUUAAGUCAAGAGUUGUGCUGAGGAGAAUGCAAGAACUUCAGGAAGAAAUGAAGAAAUGUACUUGAGCUCUCUUGGUUUAAGUGUUACCAACAGCCUGAAAGAAUUGGAGUAAUUGCAUCAAGAAGUAACUUGCUUGUAAAUUAUAAAAUAAAGAAAUGAUGUAUUAUUAUCA